GUCAUUUGAACCGACAGGCGCCCAGAAACGAGUGCUUCGAGUGAGUCGGCCAUUGUGUGCGCGCUGGAAACACGGGAAACGAAAUUCCGGACGCUUGUGAUCACCUCAGCGGGCCUCCAGCUACCUGUUUAAUAAAAGAAAGCGAAGGGCACCAUCGCUGUAGGUUCUGGCGGACGUGGCGUGGGCAUGAUGGCGCGCGUGGAGGAGCUGUUCGCCACCCACAAGGAGGAGCUCAUAGGUGCCAUCAACAGGCUCGAGGCAGACCAGCAGCAGCUGAACGCAAGCGUGCAGCGGCUCCAGGCAGGCCUGCAGCAGCUGAACACACGCGUGCAGCUGCUCGAAGCAGGUCAGCAGCAAAUGGCGGCGCAGGUGGCAGCCAACAGCCACAACGCCUACGCGCGGAUGUGCAAUAGCCGGGCGGGGGCCACGGAGCCGCUGCAGCCCCUCGUGCGGGAGAAGCCGCCCUCGCAGGCCUCGGACCCGGCAGUGGGCAGCCGCCCGCCAGAGGGGGACUUCCCGGCGACCCGGGACGACGUGCUGGACCUCACACGUGAUGCAUUCAAGAUGCUGGCGGCCUUCUACGGCCAGGAGUUCGGGAACAGCAACGCGACCCUGGCUGUUCGCCGCCGCAGCUUUGGUGACUUCAUUGGUGUGACUGGCCUGUGAAGUGUGGGCAGUCGUGGGGAGUCGCUAGGGCACCUUAGGUACCGGGGUAUUUGUGCGGCUUCAGUGGUUGGCAGGCGCAGUUUUGCAGGAGAGUCCACCCUAGUCCAGUGAGUAGAAGAUAUGUAGGGCGUAUGCCGCGUACCGUAAUGCUUCCUAACCUCUCAGCUGUGGAGGGGUAUCAGUCUUCCGGCCUGAUUCUCGGAGUGGGCACUGACAUCACCUGCAUUCACUAGCAAGCACUUCGCAUCACAGACCUUGGAAGCAAAUUGGGGCGCAUAUGUCCCUGUGUUUGACUUACUGCUGGCCAUGGCUCGAGUAAGGCAUGCCGUAAGGUGUAAAGUGAUAAGUUU